UUAAUUCAAGACAGAUAAUCGAUUGCUUUCCUCCAUCUCAGCCCUUUUUUUCGGACCCUUUAUUAUUCAUGCUUACUGCCAGCUGGCCAGUAUAGUGUGUGACUGUGUGUGCUGGAUGGCUUAGUUCAAGGUGUUCUUUUCUUCCUUCAACUAUCAACAUCAUCCGCUUUGCUUUUCGUAUCUCCUUCCCCACGACAAGCUUGCGUGUGAGUACACUCUUAGUGUAAUUCCAUACCGUUUAGCAUCUGCAAUCGCUUUAUCGUCAUACCGCCUUUGAGCGGCAAAAUUAUAUAGACAAUGGCUCCCCACGGCCGACGACGCCUACAAGAUUCGCUAACAUUCUCCUCGCCAAUUUUCUCUUUCGUGCUCCUCCCCUUCCUCCUCUUCCUCGUCAGUUUCCCUGCGCCUGCCUCCGCUGCCGGGUCCGCAGUCCUUGGUAUCGAUGUCGGCACCGAGUAUCUUAAGGGCGCGCUCGUGAAACCCGGAAUCCCGCUCGAGAUCGUCCUCACAAAGGAUUCGAAGCGCAAAGAGUCGGCCGCUGUCGCGUUCAAGCCUACUAGAGAGAGUAACGGCCAAUUCCCUGAACGAUUCUACGGUGGCGACGCCUUGGCGCUGGCCGCUCGGUACCCCGACGAUGUCUAUUCGAACCUGAAGAAGUUGCUCGGUGUUCCCUUCAACGGUGGACAGGAUGAGGCUGUCAAGACCUACCAGGGUAGAUAUCCCGCCUUGAGAGUGGAAGCCGCUCCCGGUAACCGGGGAACUGUCGGACUGCGCAGCAACAGACUCGGUGAGGCGGAGAAGAAGGAUGCGUUUUUGGUCGAGGAGAUCUUGGCCAUGCAGUUGAAGCAGAUCAAGGCAAACGCCGAUGUUCUGGCUGGCAAGGGAUCUGACAUCCGUGACGUUGUCAUCACCUACCCCGCAUUCUACACUGCGGAGGAAAAGAGAAGUCUCGAGUUGGCGGCUGAGUUGGCCGGCUUGAAUGUCGAGACUUUGAUUAGUGAUGGUCUCGCGGUUGGUCUCAACUACGCCAUGAGCCGCACCUUCCCCAGCGUUUCGGAUGGCCAGAAGCCAGAGUACCACAUCGUCUAUGAUAUGGGUGCUGGUUCUACUUCUGCCAGUGUCCUUCGUUUCCAAAGCCGCGCCGUUAAGGAUAUCGGUCGAUUCAACAAGACUGUCCAGGAGGUUCAGGUGAUUGGAGCAGGCUGGGACAAGUCCCUGGGUGGAGACGCUCUCAACGAUCUCAUUGUUCAAGACAUGAUCGCCAACCUGGUUGAGGAAAAGAAACUGAAGGACCGUGUUACCCCCGCUCAGAUUGCGGGUCAUGGAAAGACCAUGGCGAGACUCUGGAAGGACGCUGAAAGAAUGCGCCAGAUUCUGAGCGCGAACAGUGAAACCGGUUCCGCAUUCGAGAGCAUUUAUGAGGAUGAUGUCAACUUCAAGUACCGUGUGAGUCGCGCAAAGCUUGAAGAGUUGGCCGAGCAGCAUGUGGCUCGAGUCGAAGCUCCUUUGGAACAAGCUUUGGCUGCCGCUGGAUUGAAAAUGACCGACAUCGAUUCCGUUAUUCUGCACGGUGGAGCUAUCCGGACACCAUUUGUCCAGAAGGAGCUGGAAAAGGCUUGCGGAGCAGAGAAACUCAGAACCAAUGUCAACGCUGAUGAAGCUGCCGUUUUUGGAGCCGCUUUCAAGGGAGCUGCUCUCAGCCCAAGCUUCCGCGUCAAGGACAUUCGCGCUAGCGAUGCGUCCAGCUACCCUAUUGUGCUGAAGUGGUCCUCUGAGAGUAAGGAGAGACAGCAAAAGCUGUUCACUCCCACUUCUCUGGUUGGUCCUGAGAAGCAGGUCACUCUGAAAAACUUGGAAGACUUUGAAUUCAGCUUCUACCAGCAAAUCCCUACCGAAUCACCGGUUCUGGCUGUCAAGACACAGAAUCUUACUGCCUCCGUCGCCCACCUGAAAGAGAAGUUUGACUGCUCCGCAGCAAACAUGACUACUAAGUUCUCUAUUCGUCUCGGUCAAGUCGAUGGUCUUCCCGAGGUGGUUGCUGGAUCCGUGAGCUGCGAGGUCGAGAGCUCCAAGAAAGGAAUCGUUGAGGAUGUCAAGGGCUUCUUCGGUUUGGGAUCCAAGAAGGAUGAGCAGGUUCCCCUGGGAGAGGAUGGAGAACCUAGCGAGUCGAUCACUCUGGAGCACGAAGAGCCUCAGACACAAACAACAUCCGCGGAUGAAGCUCCCGCUACGGGUGCCAAAGAAACCAAGGUCCAGACCCAGAUUGAAUCCAUCCCCAUUAGCUUCACGACCUCGCCCCUGGGAGUACCUGCUCCUUCGGUCGAGGAACUCAGCCGUAUCAAGGGCCGCCUGGCUGCGUUCGACGCCUCGGACCGUGAGCGUUUCUUGCGCGAGGAAGUUUUGAACGAACUGGAAUCAUUCAUCUACCGCAGCCGGGAUCUGGUCGAGGACGAUGAGUUUAUCAAGACAGUCAAGCCGGACCAACUGAAUAUUCUUAAGGAGAAGAUUACGGCUUCUAGUGCAUGGAUGGAUGAUGAAAGCGAGAACGCAAAGACCCCUGAUUUCCUGGAGAAGCUCAAGGGCUUGAAGGAUAUCGUCAACCCUGCUCUCAAGAGGAAGCAGGAAAACACUGCCCGACCGGCUCGCUUGGAGCUGCUCCAGGAAGUCCUCAAGAACGCCAAGACAGUGGCCGACGUCAUGCAGAAGCAGGUUCAGCAAGAUGAAGACCUUUACUCUUCGAGUCUUUCGGCUUCUAGCUCGUCCACUAGCGAGACAGACGCAUCUUCGGCCAGCACAACUACCGCCAGCGAAUCUCCAUCCUCGACGGUCGACCCUCUCGAUGAACUCGACGAGGAUGCAUUCUCUUCUUCGUCGUCUAAGACCUCAUCGACCAAGACGACCCCAUCUCCCAAACCCUCUGGACCGAAAUACACCAUGUUCCAGCCCUCUGACUUGGCCACUCUCAACAAGGCCUACGAGUCAACCAACGCCUGGUUUGAGGCCCAGUCCGCCUUGCAGGAGAAGCUCACCGAGUCCGACGACCCAGCCAUGACCGUUGUCGAACUUGACAUUCGCCUCAAGGAACUGGAGCGCAUCAUGAACCGCAUCUACGAAAAGAUGGGUGCGGCCGCCUCCAAGCCCGGAAAGGGAUCUGGAAACGGCCAGGCCAAGAAGAGCGGCAAAAAGGAGAAGACCGAGAAGAAGGAAAAGGAGCAAAAAGAGAAGGCUCCUCGCAAGGAUGAGCUGUAAUCAUUUGUCUUUUUGAAAUCAUCUACAUCAUUAUCAUAUGUACACCCCCCUUCAAAGCAAACGGUGGGAGUUUGUUUGGAUUGAGCGUUAUUUUCGCCUCGCCUUUUUAUAUUAUCGUCCUGUUUUAUUUUACUGAAGAUUUCCCAGCUCCCCACCUUGAAUAUGCUUGGUUAAUUGCCACCUUUUCAUGACCAUGACCUUUCGUUUUUUUUUUUAUCAUCUGAUUCUACCUGAUCCAGCUACCUCUCGCGUUCAUAUCUGGUACGGGAUUGGUUGCAUGUAAACUAGAUAGAAUAUAAACUCGGCUAUCAAAAGUUUCUCAAAAGAUGUAUUCAACCUGUAAUAUUGACAAACCAUCCUC